GGGCGGCCGCGGAGCCCCCCGAGCCCCCUCCCCAGAGUCGGGGGGCGGCCGCGGAGCCCCCGCGCCCCCCGCCCGCCGAGCGGCUGCUGCGGAGCGGCCCCGACCCGGUGCUGGUGCGGAGAGCGGCGGCGGCGGCGGCGGCGGGCCGGUACCGGUGCCUGAUGCGGGGCCCCGGCGGGCGGGCGGGCUCGGAGCUGCGCUUCAACGUCAGCGUUCUGCCCCGGCCGAGGGUCCCCGGCGCGGCCCCGCCCCCCCCCGCCGCCCCCCCCGGGGGGCUCCCCCCGGCCGCUGUCGCCGCUAUCGCCGUCACGACUAUCGCGACAGCGCUGGUGGCCGCGGGCAUCGCCUGGUUCUGCUUCCGGCGCGCGGGGCCGCGACCCCCCCCCAAUAACGGACCCGCGACCCCCCCCCAAUAAAGGACCCGCGGG